AUGAGUUCUUAUCAUCGCAAGAAUUACACAAAAUCAGAAAUAUCUGUGAAUGACACUUCAAAUAAUGUUCCAGUAUUGCAACAAAUAAACUCAUUAAAUUCUUAGCCUGUAAUGUAAGUUAGAAGACCAAGUGAUUUGAAUAGUUCUUUUACUCCAAUCGAUUCUUAACAUAGUAUGAAUACUUCCAUUAAAUUAGAAUAGGUACUCAUAAUGUGUAGAAAUCACCACUUUGUACAUCAGGAGCUAUGGAUGGAAGAACAACACCACUAAAUCUAAUAAAUGAAGAAUCAAGUGUAAAUGAAUAGUCAGACAAUAAAGCAUUUGAGAGUCUAAUACACAAGAAACCACCAUUAAAUAUCAAUGAUUUUAUCAUCAAAGAACCAGUACAUUGGAGUUAAAUUUUUACUCAUCCUGGUACAUGCAAAGAUGAUGAUUAAUUUAAUAACUUUGGAUCUUUUUUAGGUGAUAACACCCAUCCUUAAGAAAACAACUAACAAGAUAUCUAACUUAAUGCAAAACCAGUUAUCAUUAUAGUACAAUUCUUAUUGUAUAUCUAUUAUUUAUAUUCAUUUCCACAUCUCUUAUAUGGAGUGGCUUAUGCAGAUUACAAAUUAACAUAUUAGUUACAAACUUAACUCCCAUUUAUAUUUUUAAAUUUUAUACUCUUUAGUUUGAACAUUUAAAAGACUGCUUAAUUUUUAGAUUAUUUACCGCUGGCCACUUUUAUACCAUUUAUUUGCACUUUAAUAGAUUUUAAGUAUUCGCAUCAAUUAUCUUAGUUAUCAAUAUAUUUUUUUGUAAAUCAUACAUUUAGUCACAUUCUUUAGAUUCUAUUAGAUUAUCAAGCAGCUACUUUCAAUUUCUAUUUGUUUAAAUCAAUAUCCAAUUUAUUUCUUUAUUGUAAGAAUAUCAUAAAUACAUCUAUUUUAAAUUAUUUGUGGAUUCCUUAUAGUUGUAACAUAAGUCACAAAAAAUCAUUUGAGUUUAAAUGAAUUCUAUUAAAAUCAUUGUAGUUUGAUCAAUAUCCUUAUUCUAACAAAUGAUAAAUCUUUCUUAACUUAUCCAAUAAAAAUUAUAAUUUUAUUUUUCAUUGUGUAUUAAUUCACUAUUAUAAGUGAUUAAGUUAAUUAGCUUUAUAGAAACUAAAACAAUUUAAUUUCAGGACUAAUUGAAUUUUCUAAAAUAAUUCAUCAAUUACCAUUUGAUCUCAAAUAUUAAAGUUUAUCAAUUUCAAACAAAUAAAUUCAAUAAAGAUUUAAAACUAGGAAUCUUAUAGAUUAUGAUAAACUUCCUAAUUCAUUAUCUAAUAAUUUACUCAAUGCAUAAUAUUCAAACAUCUUAAGAAAACUACCCUUAUUAGAUAAAUGUUUAAGUAAAAUUUCAAUCACAAAUAUUUUGAUGAAUGCUACAAAAGAAAGAAUUUUGGAGCCAAAUGAGAUUCUAAUUGAACCUUAAUAAGAAAAUAAAUACUUAUAUUUUAUUCUAUCAGGAAAAGUUAGAUGCUAUUAGCAAAGAGAGAAUAGAAAAUUUCCAAUUGAUUGUAAUGAUAAUGGAAUAUAUAAUUAAUAUGGUUUCUUUUUAGAACAACUGUCUGAAGUUGGUGUUUAAAGUGAAACUUGUUGUAAGAUACUAGAAAUUAAUUCAGAAUAGUUUUGGAAGGAGGUUAAAAAAAGUAUAACUGAACUUGAAAAAAUUAAAAUGUGUUUAGAUAGAGUACAAUUUAAUUAGGAUUAUAAAUUGAUUGGAGUUUCUUGUUAAAUAUGCAAAGGAAAUCAUAAAAUAGACAAUUGCAAGAAAGUUCAUUAUAUUCCAUCAAGAUAGAUGUUAAUUGAUUACAUUUAUUUUGAUGAGAUAAAUAAAAGAUAAUAAUUUUAAAGAGUAAAUAAUUGUAUUAAAAUAGAGAAAUCACACAAGAAAAUUUAGAUGUAUGAAAAAUACUAGUUUGAUUGAAUAAAUUGUUUCUAAUGUUAGACAUUUGAUUUUAUUAUCUUCUGAGACUUUUAAACGGCCAAAAACUAUUACUAGUUUAGGAAUGUAAUUUGAGUAAUAACAUACUGAACAUUCUGAUGAAGAAGAACAUCAUAAAAUGUCUUAAUAUGUAUAAAAUUUGAGUCCUGUCUAAUAUGUUCCUUAAGUUGGUAGUAGUGCUAGUUCUUAUGUGCUAAAAGAAUUAAAAUAGGCAUAAUAAUUAAAAUCGCCUAAAGAUAGUUUUAUGGUACAUUAAAAGAGAUAUCAAGAGAAAAGAUAAUCACAUGUGACUAGAAUUGAAAGAGGCAACAUUUAUUAUUAUAUAUUUUAGAUUUAAGUCCAUCAAUAAUUAAAUAUGCUACAAUUUAAGAUAAAAAGAGUUAAAAAUCCAAAUCAAUUAUUAGUGAAGAUCAUGGCAAUGGAGUUUUAUAAAGUUCAGAUCACAGAUAAUUCUCGAAAUAUGGUAUUCAAUCAUCUAAAUUUACUAAUGAAACUGCAAAACAAUUUAUGAAUAACCCAUUUGAUAUGCCAUUAUAUGAUCUCAAUUAAUCCAUUGAUAAUAAUCAUAGUUACAGUGAUUAUUUUCCAAAAAAUAAUAUAGAUUAG